CUCCAUUUUAGGCAAUGUCAUCGAGCGAUACCGCUGCUGCAGCCAACGUUGCGCAGGGAUUCAAAAAGAGCAAUGCUCAGCGUCGGUAUCGCCAGCGUGAUGACGCAUCGGGAGCGAGCAGCAACGACGCCAAGUCGACCUCAGUCAGCGCGAGUGAAGUGGCUGCAGAAGGAGCGGGCGCCGACAAUGACGCUCCCCGCCACGACGCCAAGCGUGUGCGUCUGGAUGACACUGCUGCAGUGACUGGUGAUGCUGCGACCGGCGAUGCCGCUGCCAAGGACGGCGCUGCGGCUGGCCCAGUGUCGGGUGCGAACGACGUUGACGCGACUUUAUUUGCUGCGAUCAGCGGCAACAGCAGCCAAAGCACGGCAGCUCAAGCGGCAGACAGCGAUGAGAUGGCAGAGUCAGAUGAUGCAGAUGCAAGCGAGGAGUCACAUCGAGAGCGACUCGAGCGAAUGAAGGAAUUGCAACGAUUCCGACAACGGAAGAGCGGCGUGACCCCGGCGGGCCUCGCGUUGGGACAGCGUGUCAAGAGCGUGGCGGAAGAACUUUUGGCGGCGUCCGAUCCUUUCAAGCUUAAGUCAGGCGGCGGCCUUGUUGACAAGGCUGCAAUUCGAGUGAAGGAUCGUGAUCGCGAUCGUGAUGCGGACGACGACAAGAACUUUUCGUUGACAUCGACAUUCUCCCACGAAACAAAGGCUCGUGACGAAGACAAGAUGAUGUUGAGCUACAUCGACGAACAGCUGGCGAUUCGUCGAGGGACGAAUGCAAAUGACAAUGCCAACAACGCGAACGACCCUACAGCGCAGCUGUAUGUGGUUCCGAAGAAUUUAGAAGCGACCUCCGCGUUGAAAAACGUGUCUGAGGAUAGCAUUUCAUCUGCGCUGCUGUCUGGCAUCCCCGAGGUUGACUUGGGAGUCCAAUCACGCAUUCGCAACAUUGAGGAAACAGAAAAGGCCCGCAUUGAGCUCGAGCAAAAGCGGCUUUCGGGCAAUCAAAGCUCCAACGUCGUUCUGCAUCACCAUCGCUUCUUCAACACCGCAGACCGCUCAGACCGAUCCGACUCGGCAGGAGCACAACAGCAUGGCUCGCAAAAUUCAUCUGCUGCUGCACGACAGCCCAGGGCAACGGAUCAACUUGUAUUUGACAAAUUCAAAAAGGCACAACUUGGACGACGAUGAUUUGGCAGCGCUCCUCUUAUUUUCGCGGAAUCUCGCCUGCAACCUCAAACCGACGCUUGUUGAGCUGUUGAUGCAAUGUCGAUUGCAAUUGCAGCAGUUGUUAGGAAUUCAAGUGAGAGUGUGUUGUUGCGCAGACUUGGUUUCGUGAAAUCUCGAUGAACUAUUGCAUGUGCACUGACCUUCUCACUAAUGUAACGAUGAACGCCUUCCUGGAC